AUACACACAUGCAUUGCUUCUGAGUAGCUUAAGCUAGAACAAGCCCAUACCAUUUACAGCUCCCUCUGAAGUGGCUUCUUGGGAGCAUCAAUGGCUAUUUUUAUGGUGGUUUUUGGGGUGGUUCUAGGGCUUUUUGUCUGCACUGCUCUGUUGAGAUGGAAUGAGGUGAGGUACAAGAAGAAAGGUUUGCCUCCUGGUACUAUGGGUUGGCCAGUUUUUGGGGAAACUACAGAUUUUCUUAAACAAGGCCCAAGUUUCAUGAAGAACCAAAGAGCAAGAUAUGGAAGUGUUUUCAAGUCCCACAUACUGGGCUGCCCUACCAUUGUUUCAAUGGAUCCAGAGCUAAACAGAUAUAUCCUAAUGAAUGAAGCAAAAGGGCUUGUUCCUGGCUACCCACAGUCCAUGCUAGACAUCUUAGGAAAAUGCAAUAUUGCAGCUGUUCAUGGCUCCACUCACAAGUACAUGAGAGGGGCAUUGCUAGCCCUCAUUAGCCCCUCCAUGAUCAGAGAACAACUCUUGCCGAAAAUCGACGAAUUCAUGAGAUCUCACCUCAGCAAUUGGGAUAACAAAAUCAUUGACAUUCAAGAAAAAACCAAAGAGAUGGCACUAUUGUCCUCUCUUAAGCAAAUUGCCGGUAUCGAAUCCAGUACAAUAUCUCAGGAUUUCAUGCCCGAAUUUUUAAAGCUGGUAUUAGGAACUCUUUCACUGCCUAUUGAUCUUCCUGGCACGAAUUACCGUUGCGGUUUUCAGGCAAGGAAGAAUGUUGUGAACAUGUUUAGACAACUGAUAGAGGAGAGAAGAGCUUCCAAAGAAACACAACAUGACAUACUUGGUUUACUAAUGAGAAAUUAUGAAGAAAAUAAAUACAAGCUUAGUGAUGAAGAGAUAAUUGAUCUAAUAAUCACACUUUUGUAUUCUGGUUAUGAGACUGUUUCGACUACUUCGAUGAUGGCUGUCAAAUAUCUCCAUGAUCAUCCCAGAGUUCUUGAAGAACUCAGAAAAGAACAUUUGGCUAUUAGAGAAAGGAAAAGGACAGAGGAUCCAAUUAACUGGAAUGAUUUCAAGUCUAUGCGCUUUACUCGUGCUGUGAUCUUUGAGACUUCAAGAUUAGCUACCAUUGUUAAUGGAGUUCUCAGAAAAACUACCCGAGACAUGGAACUAAAUGGAUUUGUUAUCCCUGAAGGAUGGAGAAUAUAUGUAUAUACAAGAGAGAUAAAUUACGACCCGUGUCUAUAUCCUGACCCGUUUACCUUCAACCCGUGGAGAUGGAUGGAUAAGAGCUUGGAGACACAAAACAAUUUUUUCAUAUUCGGAGGUGGCACGAGGCAGUGUCCCGGAAAGGAACUGGGAAUAGCAGAAAUUUCUACAUUCCUUCAUUACUUUGUAACUAGAUACAGAUGGGAAGAAGUUGGUGGAGACAAGCUGAUGAAAUUUCCCAGAGUUGAAGCACCAAAUGGGCUGCACAUUAGAGUGUCAUCUACUGACUAAUUUAUGUACAGAAGAUAUAUAGCAUAUCAAAGAAAUAUGGAUGUACAAUAUUGUUUUAGCAGAUUAGGAAUUGAGUGAAUUUCAUAAUUUUCAUUUCAGCAAACUACCUGAUUAUCAAUUUAAGUUUCAAACAGAUAUACUCCAUACCCCCAAAAAAGAAAAGAAAAAAGAGAGGUUGUUAAAUCAAAACCUAAGUCACACAAUCCUUUUAAACGGGUGCCCCUCUCACACUCCGAGUACGUUUCUACUCUCACGUUUCACAUGUAUUCUCACUCCCAUUCCCACUCUAUGUCUUAAAUUUUGUUACUUUUAUGCUCUCA